UUCUUGUUCUUUCAAAAUCUUCUGGCUUUUGGGUGCUAACCAGAGCCCCAGUCCUCAUAAUCAGCUUUCCGUUUCCCGGUUGAUAAAUCAGCCGUUCAGAGAGCUGAUUCGCGUGAGCGUGAGCCGCUGCAUUUCCUCCUGCAUUCUUGCACCAGCCAGCCAUGGCGUCCGCCUCCGCGUCCCUCCUUCAAAAGGCAUUCCUCACCGGAUCUCCCCUUAAACUCUCCGCAUCCUCCGGCACCGCUCUCGCAGCCACCAAUGUCUCCCUCGCAGCGCCAUUCCGGAAGACUCCAGUCGUCCGGGCCAUGUCCGCUGGCAGCCAGGUCGGCGAGAUCGCGAGCGUCAAGGCCCGUCAGAUCAUCGACAGCCGCGGGAAUCCGACGGUGGAGGUUGAUCUGAUGACUUCCAGGUCCAGCACGGUUUUCCGCGCGGCCGUCCCCAGCGGAGCGUCCACGGGGAUCUACGAGGCCCUGGAGCUCCGCGACGGCGAUAAGAGCAAGUUCGGUGGGAAGGGCGUUCUCAAGGCCGUCGCGAAUAUUAAUAACAUCAUCGCUCCUACGCUGAUCGGUCUCGACCCGAGGGACCAGCGCGCCAUCGACUCGCUCAUGCUGGAGCUGGACGGCACGCCCAACAAGUCGUCGCUGGGAGCCAACUCCAUCCUCGGCGUCUCCCUCGCCGUCGCCCACGCCGGUGCUGCCGCCAGCUCCGUUCCCCUCUACAGGCACCUCGCCACCCUGGCGGGCGUGGAGCAGCUGAUCAUGCCCGUGCCGGCCAUGAAUGUCAUCAACGGCGGCAGCCACGCGGGCAACAAGCUGGCGAUGCAGGAGUUUAUGAUCCUGCCCACCGGGGCCUCGUCCUUCUCAGAGGCGAUUCAGAUGGGCUGCGAAGUGUACCAGGUGCUGAAGGGCAUCAUCAAGAAGCGGUACGGGCAGGACGCGUGCAACGUGGGCGACGAGGGCGGGUUUGCGCCCAACAUUCAGGACAACAAGGAGGGGCUCGUGCUGCUGGUCGACGCCAUCGAUAAGGCGGGGUACACCGGCAAGGUGAAGCUGGGCAUGGACGUGGCAGCAUCGGAGUUCUACACCGCGGACCACAAGUACGACCUCAACUUCAAGCAGAAGCCCAACGACGGCACCGACGUCAUCACCGGGCAGCAGCUGGCAGAGCUCUACGAGAGCUUCGUUAAGGAGUUCCCCAUCGUCUCGAUCGAGGACCCCUUCGAGCAGGACGACUGGGUGAACUGGGCGGCGCUGAAGGCGCUGCUGGACGUGCAGAUUGUCGGGGACGACCUGACGGUCACAAACCCCAAGAGGAUUGCGGAUGCCGUGCAGAAUAAUGCCUGCAAUGCGCUGCUGCUCAAGGUGAAUCAGAUCGGCAGUGUGACGGAGAGCAUCACAGCAGCGCAGGACGCCAAGGCAGCAGGGUGGGGGGUGAUGGUGUCCCACCGCAGUGGUGAGACGGAGGACACCUUCAUCGCCGACCUCUCUGUGGGCCUUUCUGCCGGCCAGAUCAAGACAGGAGCGCCAUGCCGCAGCGAACGCCUGGCCAAAUACAAUCAGUUGCUGAGGAUCGAGGAAGAGCUUGGAUCUGCUGCGAUUUAUGCUGGAGAGAAGUUCAGAAGCCCAUGAUCAGGAGGAUAUGCUGCCACUGUUUUACUUGCCGGCUGUAUAUGAGAGUGCAUGGAACCAAAGGGCAAAGCCCGAUGGUUUUCAAUUUGCCCUCCAGAAAUCGGAGGGGAGUGUAUGUGGUUGGAAAAGCAGACUUCAAGCCCAUAGUGAAAUCUAUGUCACAUUUCCACAUAGGUAUGAAUCAGUUAAGUCACCAAGGAUUGUUGGUGUUAUGAAUGAACGAGCAGAAUAGCGCGGAAAUUAAUGA